AUGUGCUCGACAUUUUCACGAUUACACCAAGAAGAGCCAUUGAAUAUUGCGGAUGAGAUCAUUCAAACAGAAGAAGUACAAAUAAGUGUUGGUUCAAGAAAAAAAAUAAACAAAUUAGGAGUACACAUAACAGAAAUGUAUGAAGAAAAGAAAAAAGUUAUAAAUGAAAAUAUGCAGAUUCCAAGUAUUGUUCAAACUGAUGUCCUCGCAUGGAGUCGUGACAAAAUAGCUGAAAUCAAAGCCAAUACAUCACAUAUUACUGAGAAUAGACCAGAAGAAAAAAAUGGUUAUGAAUAUCGGAUACCGAUAACUAAAUCAACACAAGAACUUUUUUUAAAUAAAAGAAAGAAAAGCCCAAACAAUUCUCGCAUAAAUGGCCAGGCAAGGCCAACAACACAAACGAAAAAAUUUAAGAAAGAAACAGCUUCAUCAAAACCUGAAAAUUCGAAACCUGUUGAUAAUAAUAAGUCGAUGAGACGUACUUCUACUAAACUAACAAAAGGUGUAUCGCCAAAAAAAGUCAGAGAAUUAAAUAAAUUGGUACCAAUUUCUAACAAGAUGAAGAAUUCUAAAGCAAAAGAAAAAAUUAAUGAACAGAUUCAAAAUUUAUUGCCAUGCGUUUCAAAUACUUGUGGUAUUUGUAUUACGAAAUUGGACACGUAUAAAAAGAAAAAUUCAAAAUGUAUUACUAAGGACGAGGAAUUUGAAAACCAUAUAAUAUUACAAAGAAGUGAAAAGGAACUAGAUGAAAUAAAAAUGAAUGUAUCAGAAUUAAAUAAAUAUGAAUCAGUAGCUAACGGAGAUAUAAAAACUUCUUUAAAUGAAAUUGAGAAGAAUGAUAAAGAAAAAAUUAUAAAUGUAAAUGAUGUAACAUAAAAUAAAAACAUCUUUAUAAGUUGCAAUCAUCUAUAAUAUAAAUAUUGUAUGUAU